CCAUGCACAUACUCUAGCAAAAUGGCUGAGGAAACGUUGACCGCUGACGAACAAUGCAAUUUAAGAGAAAGUUUUGACACUGUUGAUACGGACAAUUCUGGCUACAUCGAUGCCUUCGAGCUGAAGAACAUCCUUGGUGAGAAUGGCUACAGCGUACCUUCCUUCAAGUGCCGUGAGUUGAUUGCCGAAGCGGAUAAAAACGCUGAUGGGAAAAUCGAUUUUACAGAGUUUCUCAAACUCUUUAUCGUGAUCAAGAAGGAAUAUGCGGUAGACUUUACCAAGAACAUAAAGCGUAAAUCUGGCAUCAAGACUCAUGCAGGGACAUCGAUGGCAUCCGCAGAGGGGACGACCCACUCGGUCAGCAAGACAGAAGAAGUGGCCUUUUCCAACUGGAUUGAUAAGAAUUUGGCCCACGAUCCAGACUGCCUGAAGUAUUUGCCCGUUGAUGAGGUGAAUGGUCCCGGAGGACUUUAUAAAAAUGUCAAGGAUGGAAUCCUACUAUGCAAACUGAUCAAUAUUUCGUGCCCCGACACCAUAGACGAGCGUGCCAUCAACAAGGGAGAGAUAUCGGUUUUCAAGAAAACUGAAAAUUUAGCACUCGCGUUGAAUUCUGCCGCGUCCAUUGGUUGUAAUAUUGUGAACAUUGGUGCUGAAGAUUUAAAAGAAGGAAAGGUCCAUUUAGUGCUUGGUCUGCUCUGGCAAAUCAUUAAGAUUGGUUUGCUUGCGGAAAUCAACUUGCAAGGCAACCCCAACUUGGCAGCACUCCUACUUGAUGGCGAGACCAUGGAUGACCUUAAGGCUCUGACCCCCGAGCAGCUGCUGCUGCGAUGGGUCAACUAUCACCUUGAGAAGGCCCAAUGCAACCGCAGGAUGAACAACUUCUCAUCGGACAUCAUGGAUUCUGAAAUCUACACUGUGCUUCUCAAGCAGAUUGCUCCAACGGAGAAAGGAGUGACAGACCAUCCCCUUAGCGAAUGCGACAAGCUAAGGCGUGCCGAGCUGAUGCUGGAGGAGGCGGAUAAGCUCGACUGUCGGCAGUUUGUUACUCCCAAGGAGGUGGUGAAUGGCAACACCAAGUUGAACUUUGCGUUUGUGGCCAACUUGUACAACAACCACCCGUCACUUGAUAAGGUUGGAGAAGGUGACCCCCAAAUCAUCCAGGAGACCCGCGAGAUGAAGACAUUCCGUAACUGGAUGAACAGCACCCCACCACCAGAUUCAGCGGCAUGGAAGAAUUUGUGUAGUACUAAGAAUCCGCCACCCAAAGUGCCCUACAUCUACAACUUGAUGUGUGACCUGUGUGACGGUAUCCGCAUCCUUCAGAUUCUUGAUUCCAUCAAGCCAGGAAUCGUUCACUGGUCUAAGGUCAACUUCCCUCCAUAUAAAUUGGGAGUUUUGCCGAAGAAGACCGAGAACUGCAACAAAUGUGUAGAAUACGGCAAGGAGUUGGACUUCUCCUUGGUGGGUAUUGGUGGCACCAACAUCCUCGCGAGUGAGGAGACCCCCACACUCUCCCUCAUCUGGCAGAUGAUGCGGGCGUACACCCUCGUUAUCCUCACGCAUCUAUCACAGUCCAAUACACCGGUCACCGACACCAUGAUCAUCGAGUGGGCUAAGAAAAAGCUCGAGAGUUCUGUGAGUAAGCGCCAGUUUUCCAACUUCAAGGAUGAUCGCCUCCGAGAUGGCCUCAUCAUCAUCGACCUGAUCAACGAAGUCAAGCCAGGCUCCAUCAAAUACGAUUAUGUCAAGACCAAUCCUGUAAAGGACGAGGAUAAAUUCUCCAACGCAAAGUACGCCAUAUCCAUGGCCAGGAGAGCUGGUGCACGAAUCUAUGCCCUGCCCGAGGACAUCACCGAAUUGAAGUCCAAGAUGAUUUUAACAAUAUUUGCUUGCCUGAUGUCCGUUGAUUACCAAAACAAUAAGCCGUUGACCAACGACGAAUAGUCAAUCUUCUAGUAACCAUGGUAACCGAAGAUUUUUUUUUAAUCAAGAGUCAUCGAGCAGAUUAACCCUUCGCAGAUGGAUAGUGAUUUUAUAAAUCGAGUUGCGAUGGAUGAGGAUGAGAUUCGUUAGCUCUCAAGAAGAACAGACAUUUUGAUAUUGGCACGUAAAAUGAUGCGCUGAAGGUGUCCAGAUUACAUUGUGCUGCCAUCUGCAGGUUUCAAAUGGCAUUAUACACUGAGGUUUUGUGGUACCGAUAAUUUUUUUGUGGGCGUUUAUUCUUCUGCGGUCCUUGAGGUUCAAGUGCAAGCGCAAAGUGCAACUUUAUCAAUACAUUAUGUAUUACAGCCCCCGUAGUUCUACCAAAACCACAGUUUUGUAGUAAAAGGUGGACAACUGCAAGUAAAACCACUCCGGGUUACCCGGUACAGUAAAGAUAUGGUGUACAGUAUGGUUGCAUGAUAUUUAACAACCAACUUGUCGUCUGAUCUUCCACGCCAUCAUCAAGAGGAAGCAUCUAUCUAUGCGCCUGAUGUCCAGCAAUAAUCAUGGGUGAAUCAGUGGGUGCGUGAAAACUACAGAUUACUUAAACUGGUCCAUCCUAUUUGUACAACCAAAAAAUAUCAUUCCAGUGUGUUAUAUAGUAUGCUGCAUGCGGUUGUGGUUCAGACAAUGAGAGAUUAUUAAAAAAAUGAUGGUUUAAACUUUCUUCUACAUAUCUGAAUUACCUAGUUUUUUGUGUAUAUAAAAUUUGAAUUUGAAUUUCUUCUCCGUUUCUUUUUACUUUUGAUAAGAUUAAUGAAAGGCACUUUUUUUAUCGGAUCACCAAUUUUUUCACUUUUCAAACCACACGUCGUAUGCCAUUCUUUUUGUGUAGGCAUCUUCUGAUCACUUGUUUUGACCAUAUUUCUGGUUCAUCCUUUUACAACCUUUUGCGUGAAUAGAUUCAGAUUUCUGUUAAAAAAUGAUUGGUAAAGGGCUCUGGCAUCUUGCUUCAUAUGAUGACUGUUAACCGUGAAAUUUUUUCGAGCGUUUUAUUUUGGCGAAUGCACCAUCAUACACCAACUUUGAGUUUGAAAGCACAACAUUUCAACUCGAAUAAAUGUACCAUUAAAUUCUGACAGCAGACACAACAUUUAGUCUAUUGCCAAGAAAAAAAAAAAUUUGCCAAAAUCUAAAUGACCUGAAAUUUCAUGUUUUACACUCGUGGUACAUGCAUUCUUGUAUAAUUAUGUUGACGGCAAAUUCCCUGUUUCAAAUAAUAUUAUAUUAUGUUUAAUAAUUAUGCAACCCUAAUAAUGAUAACAAUGAUAUUUGAAAUUUUGUACAGUGCUGUUUUCAACAAACAGUGAGAGCUCAGCUACACUUUGUAAUAUUAUUAUCGCAGCUAGACAACUUCCUCCGUAUAAUUGGUCUAGGUUGUUAAAGGUAUCGGAUGCUUACAGAAUAUCCUCGAGAAUCACACAUCAUGAAUGCCAUCAUUUUGAAAUCAAGUUAUUUUUUACGUUCAUUCCACUAUGUGUGAAUGUAGGCCUACCGGUAUCAAUAAUAUUUUUGACAAAAUGACGAUGGUCUGGUUGUAAGGUCUUGCUAAUCAUUCUUAUCAUGGAUUGAGGUGACGUAGACAUAGGGUCCUAGAAUUUGUGGCGCCCUCAUCAUAUGACUACCAAACAAUUACAUAUUUUAUGUUUGUAUCGUUAUAUCAAGGCCCAGCCAUGUUGUUAACCCUUUAGCCCUCCAAACGCCCAUGGAAGCCCGCAGCUUUUAUCUUCAAACGCCCGUGAUUUAGGGGUGACAUCUGCCGUGAAAGUGUUAAAUCAAAACACUGUUCUACUUGAGCCGAUGUUCGGAGCCAAACUUUGCUCAGUCAAUGGAGUUAUCCAUUACUGAUGAGUAAUACUACAAAUUUCAUGUUGAAAUUGCUAAUUUUUAGGCAUUUUUCUGGAGGAACAGACGGUAAAACAGUUAAAACGCUGGAGCGCUAAAGGGUUAAAGAAAGGAUCGCUCCUGUAUAGUUCUGGAUUCUGGUCCGAAAAAAUUGGCCUCACAGUCCGGUAGUUGCAUGAUGUAUUAGUCUUAGUCGCUUGAAAUAGAUCUAGCAUCCGUCAGUGUUCUCUUCAGAUAGUUUCUCUGUCAGAAACUUUCCCCAUUCAAUACUGCAAACGUUGUCCAUCUAUAGAAAUGUGUGACCAGCCUUGGUAUAGUUGGCUUCCCUGCUAAAUAAGCCCUUUGAGAACACUGCACAUAUUUAGUAGCUUUUCACAUUCUGGACUUGACCCUUUAAAAACAUGGUUGUAAAAAUAACCAUGGGAACUACAGUCCAAAUCACAAUUGUCAUCCCUAAAUUCGCAUCAUUGACGCACUACCCAGCACGUAGGUCGCGUGGAAUUUACAUGAAACAUAGAGAGAUACAUAUGUAAGCGCGUCACUGGUGUAUCAUUGGUUCCCAACUUGGCACGUACCUCGCGCAUCACUGAUGCAAAGCAGGACGAAGGUCAUUUGUGAUUUGGACUUUAUGUUAUUCUGCAAGAGUCACCCUGUGUUGAAUAGACCUAUUGAACUCCUUAUAUUGUCAUCAAUUGAACAGCUUUUCAUUAGGAUAAUUCUUGUGAUAUUUAAGGAAAUAAUGUGUUUUCAAAUACCAGUUCCUCAAGUGAUAAGUUCAGUCAUUCCAGUUUGCUUUGAAAUUGUGGCACAUUUAAAAGAUGCAAUAACAAGUUGUACAGUUAACAAUGUAAUAAUGCCAUUAGAAAUACGCAUGUUUCUCAAUUCAAGUACAUAUAUAAUUGAAUGUACAUGUAAGUUCAAGUGAAAUAUUGUGACUAAUUUUGUGCUAAAAAUGUAUUGUUUCGUAUCAUUUUAGUACAUUUUGAAGUAGAACACAUACAUGUACUUGCUUCAAUCCAGGAUUUCCCAUUCUAAAACACCUUGAUAAUAAUGAUUGUUUAGUUUGGUGUGUUUUGAACAGAAGUGGGCACCUCACUGUGGUUCUUGAAGAUCACCGCACAGGUGGGGCGGUCUUUUUGUCCGUAACUUAGGCUCCCGCCUCAGUGUUAGCCUAAACAUUAGUCCUACUCUCACGGUAUUUAAUUGGUGAGACAACCAAUACUUCCAUUUUGCCAUCAAUUCGCUAAAUCUGGGGUUCUCUUGUUUGGCUCCAGUCUUUAUCUUUGGGGGUCGUUAGGAACAAUUUACGUAUACAUAUAUCAUGGUGGAUAUUUUGUCAUUUAAACAGAGUAUCUUCUAUUUCCCUAAGAGUUUAUAUAUAUUUCACUUGAAGACCGCUAACGUCCAUUCAGUCAGAUCACUGAAAAUUGAGAGAAGAAUUUCAUGAAAUUUUACAUAUUUUGCUUUUUUAUGAGAAUCUAUCUUUAUAUUCUGAGUAUUGACCAAAUAACCUUCCAAUCAUUCCAUGGUGAUUAAAAACUUCAUUUUGACCCUGAGGCGUUCCUUUCAAAUAUUUUGCUUAUUGGCUGACCAACAAAGAUGUUUCAUAUUCAUUUCUGAUUUGAAGCUCACAGUAGUUGGGAUUUUGUUUAUUUUGUUUACUCAUUACCUUCAAAAUGUGAUAGAUCAGCAGAUCGGAGGUAGUAUAUUGUAUUUACUCUGAACGUCAAUAAAACACACCGAAUAUACAAAUCUGAAAAACAAUUUUUGAGAAAAUUUCCAUUUGCUCUUCCAUAUCUUCAGAAGAAAACUUUGAUGCCCCAGUUUCCAGACCAACAACAACACUAUAUUUUUCACCAAUCUUCUCCUGCACCCAGUUAAGGUUUUAACCACUAUUUCCUGAUGAAAUUUUUUCCGCGUUGUGGUGUAAUACAUUUUGUUUGACAAGUAUAUCUUCCAAGACAAUGGACAGUCCAAUUUAUGUACACAAUUUCCAGUUGCAAACUGCUGCUUCAAAUGUCUUCAACCCAAUAAAAAGUAGCUUCUUACUGAAUGGUUUCUUUAAAAUUUACUUCUCGGUGUGAUAGACCAAAAUUAUAUGAAACUUAUCCAGAAGAAAUGUUUUAACAUUUAAUAUCUUGUUAUUUGAUUAAAUUCAGAGCAAUCGACUGACACAUGACUAAUCUCUUAACCCGUCCAGGCCUUUGUAUACUAUGUAUCAAUACAGGGUGUUUCAGAAUAUUUUUCACGAUUUCACUUGCUUAACCUGAUAUUAACCACAUGAUAAAGUUUCACUGAGCAGAAUGGUCUUUUUGGAUGUCAGGAUGGUCUCAAAAUAACUGUCGGGAUUCGGGAUAGUGAAAAAAAUUGUCGGGGAAAAUCGGGAUGGAUUGGUGGUUACCUGGAUAUGGCCGUUCUUAUAAUGAGUCGUCGGACAGGUACCUCCAUCUGAUGUCCUCUGUACAUUCCUAUCUGUAAACAAAGUAUACUCUCAUAAACAUCUGUUCUUCUUCAAUGUAAACCAGUGAUGUAAAAAGAUACUGCUGUGAACUUGCGUAAUUCUGGCAUCUCUUUGUUUUUUCAAUUUGUGAAAAUUUCGGAAAUUUUUGAAAUUCACCAUUAUCAUUUUGGCGUAUAAAGAAAUAAAAUUCAGUUUUUCCAAUGGAAUGAACGUAUUUUUAUGCGAUUUUUUUUGGCACAGAUCAAUGUUAUUCAUAAAACAUGAAAAUAAAACACCUGCAAAUAUUUUGCAAUUGACAAUAGCUUCCCGGCUGACUUGGGUGAGGUUAUGUCAUCACGUCUUGUUUUUCAGCCUUGCAUAUGUCACAGUGGUGGUAGAUAUGUCUUAUAACAACAUGACUUGAUAUAGCAAGUGGCUGUCUACAGGUAUCGACAAAAUCGAUGGAUCCAUUUACGACCUUAAUCUGGUUGAAGUAGGACAAGGUUGUAAGAUCCUGGCUGGUCGAUGUCUCCGUGAAGGGCAAAUAUACAUCAUGGAAUUGGUUCAAGGGGAGAAGUGUUGUGUCAGAAAACAAUGUGCUUAAAUGAUCAAGUUUUUAAAGAACAUCUUUUCCUAAAUGAAACAUAAUUUGAACUACUCAUUUCCUUGUCCUUCUUGUGCCACAUGAGGACGGUGUCCUUAGGAAGUUACCUUUUAUGCCGCUUUCUGUUAAUUUAGGCCAUGCCAAUUUUAUUGGUGGGUUAACGGAUUUUUCAACAUGCCCUAAAAUGAAAAUUUCAAAUAAAAGUUAAUUCCCAUUCCAUCAACUGAGAGUAAAUUGACCUGAAAUGACCUGCAAGUUAUUCGGCAGAUUGUUUUUGAGAAUCAACUCCUCUCUUCAAGAGUUGUGGGUCCCUUGCAUUUUAAGACAUUGCAAGGUUCAUGGAAAACCCAACCUGGGAUUUUCUAUGAUUUUUGACCAGCAGCAUCCUUGUCAUUUGGUUGAAAGAUCCGUUGACCUAUCAAUGAGUUGGUAUUGCUUCACUGCGGACAGCAUUACGAUGUUAUGCAAGAGAGUGGUCAGUGUCCUUUUCCCUCUGAAGGGGCACAAUAUUUUCGAUCAGAUUUCCUAGCAGAAGAUUUUAAAGAGAUCCAGUUGUGCCACAAGUCUUUAUUUAGACUAGCUGAAUGUGGUAAAAAUAACUAAAUUGGUGAUUACUUCUGAUGCAGCUCAUUGGCUACAUAAUCAACGACCUGUGGAGAACUCGAAACUGCUAACAUUUAUCAAUGGAAGCUUAUUCCUACCUUUGGUUUUAACCGGGCCGUUCAAAACUCGCCAUUUUUGUAAGCGAUUCGCUAUAGGUUUCCAUUAAGGUUGUUAUCGUUCCAUAGAAUUAAAGGACUCGUCAUAAUUGCUGUGAUAAUUCAAGAAGAGUAUUCACAUUGUUGACUCGGCUAUAAAGAUAUCCCCAUAUUCCUGAUUUUUUUUCCGCUAAGGGCCAAGUUCUAAUUUUUGAUCAGAUUUUUGAAAUAAUGGCACCUUCUUAAUUCUUGAUGCAGAGUUGUCUCCCCAUUGGCAUUGGCUUUGAAUAUUUUUGGCUGUUCGUCUUUUCCUGUGAACAGUUGUGUAUUCUCUUCCCAAACAUUCCUGCUAAUAUUAGUACUAACAUGCAAGGCUUUCAGCCUUUCAAUGCAGCAUAGAGUAUCAUGUAAUGAUAUGUUUAGGAUGGAGUGACACUGAAUGAUAUCUGCAUACACUCUGUCUUGUAGGGAAGAGACCUUCAGUACUGACCCCCAUAAUCAACCAUAGAAACACACAUGCCACCAUGUGUGAGCAUAGCAACUGCCUCUGAUUCAUAGUUUUAAAAGUUUAACUGCCACUCGAGGUUAAAAAAGGGCUCCACAUAAAUAACAUCAACUAUAAGCGUAAGGCAGAUCCUACUUCCAUGAAUCAUGUGGGUUGGUAUGAUUGCAUGUUUGUUAUUUAUAGAAGCUAUUUAGCCGGUUGAUGGCCACCUGUACAAAAGGUCUUUAUUAAAGGGGUACACCGUUCGUAAUUGCUGGUGGUCCAGUUAAAUAAAAAUCCACUCAUACACAAUGCUGUAGUGCAGUUAUUAUGAAUACAAAUUUGUUGAAACUUGGUAUUUAUAGUAUUUGUAUAUAUGUCUACACAAAGGCUUGCUGAAAAUUAUGUUCAGUAUGUAUUCAUGGAAUUGAAAGUUUUCAAAGUCAAUUACAAAUUCAAAAUGUUUAACGAACAGUGUAGGCCUUUAAAUGUAAUAGCCCUGUAAUAGGCCGAAGUGAAUCAAACUCUCCAAAACCAGCUAGAUAGCGUCUACACAGUAAGUAGCCACAUUGAAUUGAGGUCACCAACGCGCAGAUGAAGGCUUCCUUGAUUGAAAAAUAUCUCAAAAACUACUGGCUAAAAACAGUGUCCAUUGCCAUUUCUCUCUCCCAUAGUGUGAAUUAGGGACCAAAGUUGUUGCCGGAAAAGUAUAGGCCAAUAUUAAGAUGAUGGUGCGUACACCUAAGGUCCUGAUGAUGUCCUUAUUCUGCAUCAGACCACCUGAAGUCAUGAAGGCAUUGCCAGGUAGCUUACAGCAAGUGGCUUUUCUAAGCAAACAUUUCAACCCUCAUUGGUGAAGGGGUUUGACAUUCCACCACUUUGUCUAUGCUAUUUGUAAAGUACAUACAGUCCAAAUCACAAUUGACAUGCUUUAAUGCACGUCAUCAGCGCUCCCCAGCAUGUAAGUUUCGCGUAAAACACAUGAAACAUGGAGAGAUAAGGGUGGUACCAGUCCGUCAUUGGCACACAACUUGCGCGUAUGUUCGUUUAACUGACCAAAAGCAGGAAGGAUGUCAAUUGUGACUUGGACUGUAGCCUCCAGGCCAUGCACUUCUAUCAGCCACAUGUUGUGGUAUUUAUUGAUUUUGAAUACAGGUUUUUGAACCUUGUGAUUGAUUCUCAAGUGGAUUCUGACUUCUACUUAGAAUAAAAUGGUCUUGUAUAGUCAAA